GUCCCUCCACCUCGCUAUGGAGUGCCCGCACCUGACCACCAGUGUUUGUAUUGCCCCGGACUCCGCCGUUUUCCCCAACGGCUGUCCUUCCUCGUGGUGCUGCAGCGUUUGUCGCUCAAACAAGAGUCCAUGGGUCUGUUUGACAUGUUCCAGUGUCCACUGUGGAAGAUAUGUAAAUGGUCAUGCAAAAAAGCAUUAUGAGGAUGCCCAGGCUCCACUCAGUAGCCACAAACGUCAGGAAAAGACAGAAAAGGAACGAACGCAGCAUACAGUAUGCAUGGACUGCAGCAGUUACAGUACGUAUUGUUACCGAUGUGAUGAUUUUGUGGUAAAUGAUACAAAAUUGUGUUUAAUACAGAAGGUCCGGGAGCAUUUGCAGAAUUUGGAAAACUCUGCUUUUACUGCUGAGCGGCAUAGAAAAAGAAAAUUCCUGGAGAGUGCCUCGCUGAGCAAGAAAUUGUUGAAAGUAAAUGGAAGCACAACUGCUCUAUGUGCUACUGGCCUUCGGAAUCUUGGAAAUACCUGCUUUAUGAAUGCAAUUCUUCAAUCACUCAGCAACAUUCAGCAGUUUUGCUGUUACUUCAAGGAACUGCCUGCUGUGGAACUUCGGAAUGGUAAAACUGCCGGCCGGCGAACCUACCAUACACGAAGCCAAGGGGAUGUUAAUGUGUCACUGGUUGAGGAAUUUAGAAAGACCUUGUGUGCAUUAUGGCAGGGUAACCAGACUGCCUUUAGUCCUGAGUCAUUGUUCUAUGUUGUGUGGAAAAUAAUGCCAAAUUUCAGGGGAUAUCAGCAGCAAGAUGCCCACGAGUUUAUGCGUUAUCUCUUAGACCACCUCCACCUUGAACUACAAGGCGAAUUUGAUGGCUCCUCUCACUCUGUCUUAUCACAGGCGAACUGCAGUCGGUCUGUCAGUAACAAAUGUUGUAUAAAUGGUGCAUCCACUGUGGUAACCUCAGUAUUUGGGGGAGUUCUACAGAAUGAAGUUAACUGCCUAAUUUGUGGAACAGAAUCAAGAAAAUUUGAUCCAUUCCUAGACCUCUCUUUAGAUAUUCCAAGCCAAUUCCGAAACAAGCGUUGUAAGAACCAAGAAAAUGGACCAACCUGUACCCUGCGAGACUGUCUUCGCAGCUUUACAGACUUAGAGGAACUAGAUGAGACAGAACUCUACACAUGUCUAAAGUGCAAAAAGAAACAGAAGUCCACCAAAAAGUUUUGGAUCCAGAAACUACCAAAGGUGCUUUGCCUACACUUGAAGAGGUUCCAUUGGACAGCCUACUUGAGGAACAAAGUGGACACAUAUGUAGAUUUUCCUCUACGAGGAUUGGAUAUGAAGUCAUUUUUGUUAGAGCCAGAAAAUAUUGGUCCAGAAAGCUGUCUGUAUGAUCUUGAAGCUGUAGUUGUUCAUCAUGGCUCGGGUGUUGGGUCUGGUCACUACACUGCCUAUGCCACCCAUGAAGGGCGCUGGUUCCAUUUCAAUGACAGCACAGUGACACUUACAGAAGAGGAGACUGUGGCAAAAGCAAAAGCCUAUAUUCUUUUUUAUGUGGAACGCCAGGUUCCUGCCACAACUGAGAAACUAUAAAUACCUCUUGCCAGAAUGGUAGACUUCUCCCUCUCUGCCCCAGCAGGGUGUUCUCCAACCUCUCGGCUAAUACUUGAUUAGACAUUUUUUUUGUGCACUUUCUCACAUCCCAUCAGAUAACUUUUUUUAUCCUGCAUUAUAGUAAAGUAAUCCACUGUCUGCCAGUGAAUAAAGGAAAUCAUUUUCCUUACCAAGUGAAGUACAAGUACAGUUUGUGUAUAUGUAGCUUUCCUACAUAUAUUAGUGUCAGCGCACAAAUCAAUUAUAGCAGAUGUAUAGCUUGUGUCCCUCCAGCAUCCAAUAGCAGUCUAAGGAUAACGUCACACUUGCUACUUUCUCCAAAGGAGCACUUCGACUGGUGGAGAAAUUUUCAAACCCACCCUUCAUUCUUGUCAUUGAGUUUAAUACCACCUGUCGGUCACCCCUGGUAUUGUGUUUUUUUUUGUUUUUUUUUUUUUAAGCCUGAAAACAUUGUUUUAGACUCAACCUCCUUUACCAGCUGUGAUUGGUUUAUGUUACUGUCAAUGACAGGGGCCACGUCUCUGCUAGUAAAAGCUGUGACAUUAACAUUAAGGUGUAUGACAAGGGUAGCUAUGUGUGUUUUCCUAUUUUCCUAGUGAUUGCGCUCCCACAUAUUAACAUUAGUACAACACGGCUGCUCUCAAACAUGUAUAAUGUGUGUGUGUUGAGUCCCCAGUUAUUUUUGAAUUUUUAAACAUCAGUACCUCUUAAAAAAAAAAAAAA